AUGGCAUGGAGAAACGAGAUUGUGAUGCGUGACGUUAGCAAAGCUGGGCUUGUCGUCAGCAACUGUAUCAGCCGGGAAGUGGUAUCUCAGCUUGACCUGGAGGAAGCCUUGGAAGCUUCUAGAUAUGCUAGCCAUCCCUAUACUGCUCAACCCCGUGAGUGGCCCCCAUUUGUUGAAGUUGUGGACUCUUGGGAGUUACCCACUGUACUGAUUGAAAGAUACAAUGCUUCUGGGGGAGAAGGAACUGCCUUAUGUGGAAUAUUUCCCGACAUACGUAGAGCAUGGGCAUCAGUGGAUAAUACUUUGUUUCUCUGGCGGUUUGACAAAUGGGAUGGACAAUGUCCUGAAUAUAGUGUGGAUGAACAAGCCAUUUGUGCUGUUGGCUUAGCAAAAGCGAAGCCUGGCGUUUUUGUGGAAGCUAUUCAGUAUAUCCUAAUAUUGGCCACUCCUGUUGAGUUGAUCCUUGUUGGAGUUUGUUGUUCCGGAACUGGUAAUGGGACCGAUCCAUAUGCUGAGGUUUCUCUUCAACCACUUUCAGAAUAUAGAAUUCCAUCAGAUGGAGUAUCAAUGACUUGCAUUACUUGCACUGAUAGGGGUCGAAUUUUUCUAGCUGGACGUGAUGGCCAUGUAUACGAGAUGCAAUACACUACUGGUUCAGGUUGGCAAAAGCGUUGUCGUAAAGUCUGCUUGACAGCAGGUUUGGGAAGUGUCAUUUCCAGGUGGGUUGUACCAAAUGUAUUCAAGUUUGCAGCAGCAGAUCCAAUUGUGGAAAUGGUUGUUGAUAAUGAGAGAAAUAUACUCUAUACACGGACUGAACUCAUGAAAAUCCAAGUUUUUUCUCUUGGAGCCUAUGGGGAUGAUACUCUGAAGAAGGUUGCUGAAGAGAGAAAUUUGAUAAACCAGAAGGAUGCACCCUAUGGUGGGAGGCAUUCAGCAGGGUCAAGGAGCUCAUCGCGAUCAAAUAAGACAUCUAUGGUUUGCAUUUCGCCUUUGUCUGUAUUGGAAUCGAAGUCUCUACAUCUAGUCGCUAUUUUGUCAGAUGGAAGAAGGAUGUACCUUACAACUGUUGCAUCAGGUGGUUUAGGUGGUCUAGGAGGCAAUAAUCAGAGACCAAGCUGCUUAAAAGUAGUAGCAACCAGGCCUUCUCCACCUUUAAGUGUGAGUAGUGGGCUUGCAUUUGGAAACCUUUCGUUGUCUGGUAGACCUCAGAAUGAAGAUCUAUCUCUAAAGAUUGAAUCUGGGCAUUAUUCCGCCGGAGCUCUAGUCCUUUCUGAUUCAUCUCCAUCAACUAGUUCCUCUCUUCUGAUUGUCAAUAGGGAUUCAACUACCCAAACCUCUUCCAGUGGUUUGGGAGCUGGUGUUAGGAGCACUCGUGCCCUUAGAGAAUUGGUUUCAUCCCUCCCUAUUGAAGGUAGAAUGCUUUUUGUGGCAGAUGUGCUGCCGCAUCCUGAUACUGCUGCAGUUGCGCAGUCAUUAUAUUUACAGACAGAAUUUUGUGGAUUUGAUAACACGUGGGAGUCCAGUGAAAAGGCUUCUCGAAAACUCUGGGCAAGGGGUGACCUGUCAACCCAACAUAUAUUACCAAGGAGGAGAAUCAUUGUAUUCAGUACAAUGGGCAUGAUGGAGGUAGUUUUUAACAGACCAAUUGAUAUCCUUAGAAGGUUGCUGGAGUCCAGCUCACCAAGGUCAAUUUUGGAGGAUUUUUUCAAUCGUUAUGGAGCUGGUGAAGCAGCUGCUAUGUGUUUGAUGCUAGCUGCAAGGAUAAUCAAUUCUGAAGCUAUCAUAAACAACAUUGUUGCGGAAAAAGCAGCUGAAGCUUUUGAGGAUCCAAGACUAGUUGGAAUACCCCAGCUAGAAGGCAGUGGUGCAUUAUCAAAUGCUAGAACUCCUAGUGGAGGCUUCAGCAUGGGUCAGGUUGUUCAAGAAGCUGAGCCAGUAUUCUCUGGUGCUUAUGAAGGCCUCUCCUUGUGUUCUUCGAGGUUGCUUCUACCUUUGUGGGAGCUCCCGGUUUUUGUUGCCAAAAGUGGCACAGGUUCGUCUGACGCUACAGUUGAAAACAUGGUAGUUGUAUGCAGGCUCUCUUUUGGGGCAAUGCGUAUUCUUGAAGACAAAAUUCGGUCUAUAGAAAUGUUUUUAAGUUCUCGAAAAAAUCAGAGAAGGGGGCUCUAUGGUUCUGUUGCUGGUUUAGGGGAUUUAACAGGUUCGAUACUGGUUGGAACUGGCUCAGAUAUUGGUGCUGGUGAUAGAAACAUGGUUCGUAAUUUGUUUGGUUCUUAUUCUCGCAAUUUGGAAUCUGGUGAUGGUGGCUCAUCUCAGAAAAGGCAGAGACUUCCUUAUACUUCUGCAGAGCUAGCUGCCAUGGAGGUUAGAUCAAUGGAAUGUAUCAGACAGUUACUCCUCAGAUGCAGUGAAGCUCUGUUUCUGCUCCAGCUCCUUUCACAGUAUCAUAUUACACGAUUGAUUCAUAGUUUUGAUGCAUCUAUGAAGGGGAUCUUGGCUCAGUUAACAUUUCAUCAACUAGUUUGUGAGGAAGAUGGUGACAAAAUGGCUACCCGGCUUAUAGCUGCAUUAAUGGAGUAUUACACUGGUCCUGAUGGCAGGGGGACAGUUGAUGAUAUCAGUGCUAGACUACGGGAUGGUUGCCCUAGCUACUACAGAGAAUCUGAUUACAAAUUCUUCCUAGCUGUUGAAUGUCUUGAAAGAGCUGCAGCUACUUUGUAUUCAGAGGAAAAGGAAAGCCUGGCUAGGGAGGCCUUAAACUACCUUACCAGAAUUCCAGAGUCCGCAGAUCUUCAGACUGUUUGCAAGCGCUUUGAAGAUUUAAGGUUCUAUGAAGCUGUUGUUCGAUUGCCUUUGCAGAAGGCUCAGGCAUUGGAUCCUGCUGGUGAUGCUUUCAAUGAGCACAUUGAUGCUAGCGCUCGUGAAUAUGCACUCAGCCAGCGGCAACAAUGUUAUGAGAUCGUUGGUAGUGCUUUACGUGCUCUAAAAGGAGAUUCUUCAGCGAAAGAAUUUGGGUCUCCCAUCAAAGCUGUUGCUCAAUCUGCACUUGAUCCAAACUCACGUAAAAAGUUUAUUAGUCAGAUUGUGCAACUCGGUGUUCAGUCGUCAGAUAGAGCCUUUCACGAAUACCUUUAUCGAACACUGAUUGAUAUAGGACUUGAAGAUGAGUUGCUGGAAUUUGGAGGCCCUGACUUGGUGCCAUUUUUGCAAGCUGCUGGUCGUGAACCUUCGCAAGAGGCUGUUUCCCCCAUGGUAUCUUCAACAUCUCCACUUGGACGUCCUAGAUUGCCGAUCCCAGUGAAUCAAGCAAAGUAUUCUGAACUUCUGGCUCGAUAUUAUGUCUUGAAGAGACAGCAUUCUCUAGCUGCCCAUGUCUUGGUAAGACUGGCGGAAAGACGCUCCACAGAUGGUGGGAAUGCUCCUUCUCUGGAACAAAGGUCCCAGUACCUAAAGAGUGCUGUACUUCAGGCCAAGAGUGCCUCUCAAACUGAUGUUAAGGGUGAUUCUUCUCGUGGUUUACUUGACAAUGGGCUUCUUGACAUGCUGGAAGGGAAGCUUGCUGUUGUUGAAUUCCAAAUCAAAAUCAAAGAGGAAUUGGAAGCUAUAGCCUCCAGGACAGAAGGUUCCUCGAGCGGUGUUGAAUCUCUUCCUAAUGACCCUCAAAAUGAAAAUAGUCCAUCCGGUGAUAGCACUUUCUUAACCACUGUACGAGAAAAGAUAAAGGAGUUGUCAUUGGAUUUGAAGAGCAUCACUCAACUUUAUAAUGACUAUGCUGUUCCCUUCGAACUGUGGGAGAUAUGUCUCGAAAUGCUGUACUUUGCUAGCUAUUCUGCUGAUGCUGAUAGUAGCAUUGUAAUAGACACUUGGGCUAGACUUAUUGAUCAAGCUCUUUCAAGGGGUGGAAUUGCUGAAGCCUGCACAGUAUUGAAGAGGGUUGGGUCUCGUCAUUACCCUGGAGAUGGAGCUGUCUUACCUUUAGAUUCAUUGUGUCUACACCUUGAGAAGGCAGCUCUGGAGAGAGUGGUUUCGGGGGUUGAAUCUGUUGGAGAUGAAGAUAUUGCAAGAGCUCUCUUAGCUGCUUGCAAAGGUGCAGUGGAGCCUGUACUUAAUACUUAUGACCAGUUAUUAUCCAAUGGAGCAAUAAUACCAUCUCCGAUUUUGAGGUUACGCCUUCUUCGUUCUGUUCUUGUGCUGCUUAGAGAGUGGGCAAUGUCAUCCUUAACACAGAGAAUGAGUACAAGUACUACAGGAUCUCCUUUAGUUGGUGGAGCAUUUUCAUUUGGCCAUGCUAACCAGGGGGUUCGUGAUAAGAUUGCAAGCGCGGCAAACAGGUACUUGACUGAGGUGCGGAGAUUGCCUCUUCCACAGAAUCAAACCGAGCCUGUGUCUAGAGGUUUUCGAGAUCUGGAGGAAUCAUUACAGAGUCAUUUUCCAUUUGAUCGGUUUUGA